AUGUCCAGAGCAUUAUCUUGUACUACUAGUAUGAUUGAAGAAGUGAAGAAUGAAAGAUUCACUAAAUACUAUGGAAAUCGGCAAAAAACAAGAAAAGAAGGGAAACGAUUGUUUGAAAUCGCAAUAUCUACAACCAUAAUUGCUAUUGCAACAUUAGAGCGUAUCAACCGCAAUGUAAAAUCGUGA